AUGUCACUCCAAGGUUUAGUCGUGUGCGCAUGCGCGCUAUUUGUUUUGGGAAGAUGUCAAGAAUCUCGUAUUGUUAACAUCCAUCAAGGACCCGUGAGAGGAUAUAAGUCUCAGGAUGGAAACUAUUUCGGCUUUUUUGGCAUACCCUUUGCCACCGCACCUAAAGGUGUCCAUAGGUUUAAGGCACCACUUCCACCACCUACAUGGGAUGAGCCGCUCGAAGCAGUUAAUUUAAACAUAGCUUGCCCACAGAAUGACAGAGAUGGUCAAAACCAAAUCAGAAAACAGGAGGAAUGUUUGAUAGCAAAUAUAUACGUACCUGAAACAGAUGUACCGAAUCUGCCAGUUUACGUGUACUUUUAUGGUGGAGGUUUUCAAUAUGGGUAUGGCGAAUUAAAAACACCAGUGAAUUUAAUGAAGUCCAGGGAAAUUAUAUUUGUAACGUUCAACUAUCGACUUGGAGCUCUAGGAAUGCUUUGCCUUGGAACCGAGGAUGUACCUGGUAACGCUGGAUUAAAAGAUCAAGUAGCUUUACUUCGAUGGGUGCAAAAGAAUAUCGCAGCAUUUGGAGGCAAUCCACGCGAUGUAACCAUCGGAGGUUGCAGUGCUGGUGGGGUAUCAGUCGAUAUUUUAUCAAUUUCUAAAAUAACUAAGGGAUUAUUUAACAAAGUGAUAACACAAAGCGGUCCCAAUACCGCUUCAUUCAGUGUGCAAGUAGACCCUAUAAGUAAUGCUAAAAUGAUCGCUAGGGAAUUAAAUUUUGAAAACGUAGAUGACCUAGAAGCUUUGGAACAUUUUUAUAAAACAACACCCUUGUCAGUUUUAUCGUCUAUUAAUGUCAUGAAUAGAACUGAUUCGUCUGUUAUUUUUGCUCCGUGCGUUGAGCGGGAUGUUGGACAGGAAAUGGUGCUUCAUGAUUAUCCAGUUAAAAUAUUAGAAAAGGGUGAUUUUGUUAAGUUACCAAUGUUAUAUGGUAGCAGCAAUAUGGAAGGUAUUUACCGAUUACGAUAUUUCGAUCAAUGGAAGGAUUUAAUGAAUCAGAACUUCUCACAAUUUCUGCCUGAUAAUUUAUUUUUUGAGAAUGAAAGAGAUAAAGAGAAGGUUAUUCGAAAAGUAAAACACUUUUAUUUUGGAAAUGAUCCAGUGUCAGAAAGCAAUAUAAUGGGAUAUGUCACAUAUUUUUCCGAUGUAAUGUUUUUGCAUGCUACCACCUGGACAGCGAGACUGCAACAUGAAGCGGGAAAUAAAGAGGUUUAUUUGUACGAAUAUUCAUUUGUAGAUAAAGACGAAGAUUAUAUUCCUUACACAAAAAUACGUGGUGCUACUCAUUGUGCUCAAAAUAUAGCUGUUAUGGAUUUAGGAGACGAAAACGAUUUAUCCGAAGAAUAUAAGCAGAUGAAGUCCAUACUUAGGAAAAUGUGGUUGAAUUUUAUUAAAACCGGGAAACCGGUACCGGAGAAUUCUUCUUAUCCACAAUGGCCGCCUGUCAGUUCAGGAGCAUCUCCAUACAUGUCACUCAAUACUACACCUAGGCUAAUAAACAAAGAUCUAUUAAAAGAUCGUUUUAAGCUGUGGGAUGACAUUUAUAAAAAACACUUCAGACAUCCAAUUCCGCCCACGCUAUAGGUUUUAUUAUAAAACAUUAUUAUUAUAUGUUUAUUUUGUUAUUUUUUUUAUUUCGAAAAUUAUGUUCUUAUUACCUUCAGCGAUAAAUUGGAAUGUG